AUGUCUUCCCUACUUCAGAGGGCUCUUAAAACAGCCGCAAUAACAACCGGUAAAUGCAAUUCAUUGUCUCAUAUUGCAAAAUUGAAAUAUAUCUGUGUACGUUUAAAAUCAACAACAAGUGCCCAACCUGUUCCUGCUUUGGAUACAUCUACAGAGACCAUUGCAACCAGAGAACAACAACAACAAGAACACACAAAGAUAUCGGCCAAUACUACUCCUGCCUCACCUCUGACAGAUACAUUUGGACGUUAUCACACAUAUUUACGUAUUUCACUAUCCGAACGAUGUAAUUUACGCUGUAAAUAUUGCAUGCCUGCCGAAGGAGUAAAUUUACAACCCAAAAAUAAUCUCUUAUCAAAUGAGGAAAUUUAUUAUUUGGCACGAAUUUUCGUUGAGCAAGGUGUAAGAAAAAUACGUCUGACAGGAGGUGAACCUACUGUACGUCGGGAUAUUGUUGAUAUUAUAGCUAAACUAAAAGAAUUGCCAAGAUUAGAAAAUGUUGGAAUUACCACAAAUGGAUUGGUCUUAACACGUUUACUACUGCCCAUGCAAAGAGCUGGCUUGGAUGCCAUCAACAUUAGUUUGGAUACAUUACGACCGAAACGUUUCGAAGAAAUAACACGCCGCAAAGGUUGGGAACGUGUUAUAGCCGGCAUUGAUUUGGCCAUACAACUCGGCUACACACCCAAAGUCAAUUGUGUCCUUAUGAAAAAUUUCAAUGAAGAUGAAAUAUGUGAUUUUAUAGAAUUCACUCGUGAUCGUAAUGUGGAUGUACGAUUUAUCGAAUAUAUGCCAUUUAUGGGUAAUAAAUGGCAGACAGAUAAAUUGUUGUCGUUUAAUGAAACAUUGAAAAUAAUACGAGAGAAAUGGCCAGAGUUUGAAGCAUUACCUAAUGGACCAAAUGACACAUCGAAAGCUUAUAAGGUACCUGGGUUUAAGGGGCAAGUUGGUUUUAUAACAUCAAUGACAGAACAUUUUUGUGGAUCAUGCAAUCGUUUGCGUCUAACAGCUGAUGGUAAUUUAAAAGUGUGUCUAUUUGGCAAUAAGGAGAUAUCGCUGAGAGAUGCCAUACGAAAUAAAUGCUCCGAGGAUGACUUGGUCGCAUUAAUAUCGGCUGCUGUGAAACGGAAGAAGAAACAACAUGCAGAUUGCACUUCAAAAUUUGCACAUUUGUUUAACCCACUUAAUUCAGCAGCUUCAACACAAAUUCGUUUAUUUAGUUCGGAUGGCAAACAAUUAACACACAUCGAUACAACGGGUAAAGCAUCUAUGGUAGAUGUUUCGGAAAAACCAAAUACCACAAGGACAGCUGUAGCCAGAGCCACAAUCUAUGUUGGCCGGGAAGUAGCACAACUUAUACACUCAAAUAAUUUAAAGAAAGGUGAUGUUCUAAGUGUUUCUCAAUUGGCCGGUAUAAUGGCAGCAAAGAAAACUUCCGAACUAAUACCCUUGUGUCAUAACAUUACAAUUUCUUCGGUAAAAGUUAAUGCUGCAUUAGAUUUAGAUAAUGAAAUUGUGACACUGGAGGCCAGUGUACGAUGUUCGGGACAAACGGGUGUCGAAAUGGAAGCUCUAACUGCCGUUUCUGUGGCAGCUCUUACCGUAUAUGAUAUGUGCAAAGCUGUUACCCAUGACAUGAUAAUAAAAGACAUUCAAUUGGUAUCAAAAUCUGGUGGUCAACGAGGUGAUUUUAAACGUAAUUAAGGGAAUAUUUUGUAUAUAUUAGAUAGA